GGUUCAAAAGUGAACCAAUUGAAGGCCAAUUGAUUUCCAUCCCUGGUCAAAAUAUAAACAAACUUUCAUCGUUUAGUCGGCAGUGACGGUUUAUAAAAUGCGAUUGUACUGUCUCAGCGGGGACCUGGCCAAGCCAUGUUACAUCAUUACCUUCAAGGGCCUGCGGAUAAUGCUGGACUGCGGCCUCACGGAGCAGACAGUCCUGAAUUUCCUUCCACUGCCCUUUGUCCAGUCCCUGAAGUGGUCCAAUUUGCCCAACUUCGUGCCCAGCCGGGAUCACGAUCCCCAGAUGGAUGGUGAGCUAAAGGACUGCUGCGGCCGGGUUUUCGUCGACUCCACGCCUGAGUUUAAUCUGCCCAUGGACAAAAUGCUGGAUUUCAGCGAAGUGGAUGUGAUACUUAUCUCGAAUUAUCUAAAUAUGCUGGCCUUGCCGUACAUCACGGAGAACACGGGGUUCAAGGGCAAAGUCUAUGCCACGGAGCCAACGCUACAGAUUGGCCGGUUUUUCCUGGAGGAGCUGGUUGACUACAUCGAAGUUUCGCCCAAGGCAUGCACCGCUCGCCUAUGGAAGGAGAAGCUCCAUCUCUUGCCCAGUCCAUUAAGCGAAGCCUUUCGCGCCAAGAAGUGGCGCACGAUCUUUAGUCUAAAGGAUGUCCAAGGCAGUCUGUCUAAGGUGACCAUCAUGGGCUACGACGAGAAGCUUGACAUCCUCGGGGCCUUUAUCGCCACUCCUGUCAGCUCUGGCUACUGCCUGGGCUCCAGCAACUGGGUACUGAGCACGGCCCAUGAAAAGAUUUGCUAUGUCAGUGGUUCCUCCACGUUGACCACACAUCCUAGGCCUAUCAAUCAGUCGGCGCUUAAGCACGCCGAUGUGCUCAUCAUGACCGGACUGACGCAGGCCCCGACAGUCAAUCCGGACACGAAGCUGGGCGAACUCUGUAUGAAUGUGGCCUUGACGAUCCGCAACAAUGGGUCUGCCUUGAUUCCCUGUUAUCCGUCGGGCGUUGUCUAUGACCUCUUCGAGUGCCUCACACAGAACUUAGAAAACGCUGGCCUCAACAAUGUUCCCAUGUUCUUCAUAUCUCCAGUGGCAGACAGCUCAUUGGCCUACUCCAACAUCCUGGCCGAGUGGCUAAGUUCCGCCAAGCAGAACAAAGUGUAUCUCCCCGACGAUCCUUUCCCGCAUGCCUUUUACCUGCGCAACAACAAGUUAAAGCACUACAACCAUGUCUUCUCUGAGGGCUUUAGCAAGGACUUUCGGCAGCCCUGCGUGGUCUUUUGUGGCCAUCCCAGCUUGCGUUUCGGCGACGCUGUUCACUUCAUCGAGAUGUGGGGCAAUAAUCCCAACAACUCCAUCAUAUUCACGGAGCCGGACUUUCCGUACCUUCAAGUAUUGGCGCCGUUCCAGCCACUGGCCAUGAAGGCUUUUUACUGUCCCAUCGACACCUCUCUGAAUUAUCAGCAGGCCAAUAAACUGAUCAAGGAGUUAAAACCAAAUGUGCUUGUCAUCCCAGAGGCGUACACAAAACCACAUCCCUCGGCCCCAAAUCUGUUCAUUGAACAGCCGGACAAGAAGAUAAUAACGUUCAAGUGCGGCGAGAUUAUACGUCUGCCAUUAAAACGAAAGCUGGAUCGAAUCUACAUUACCUCGGAAUUGGCCCAGAAAAUAUCGCCAAAGGAGGUGGCGGCCGGCGUGACCUUCUCCACGUUGACGGGAGUUCUGCAAGUUAAGGACAAGGUCCAUUGCAUCCAGCCAUGCGCGGAUAGCAUUAAAGAAGAGACCAUCUCAAGUAAUAGCGCUCCGACCAAGGAGGAUGUGCUGAAGAACGUUAAAUACGAGUAUGGCAGCAUCGAUGUAGAGGCAGUCAUGAAGAGGCUAACGCAGGAUGGCUUCUCCAACAUCAAGCUUGACCGCACAGGCGGCGCUCUGACAUUGAACCUUGUCAAUGAGGACACAGUUAUUAAGUUCGAGGACAACGAGACGCACAUAAUCUGCGGCGGAAAGCCAACGACCCGGCUCAAGCUACGCGACACCAUCAUGAAAUGCCUACAGAGUUUUUGAAAACAUAAAUGUAUUCCUUACACCUAAAAAACAACACUUCCUUAUGCUUA